AUGGCAGACUACUGGGUCUCCACCCGUCGCUGGACAUGCAAGUACUGCGAUAUAACAAUCAAUGACGAUCUCCCCUCUCGGCGUCAACACGAAGAAGGUCUACGCCACAAGAACAACGUGCAGCGGGCCUUGAGGGAUGUGUACAAGCGACAGGAGAGGGAGGCGAGGGAAAAGGAGGAGGCAAAGAGGGAGAUGAUGAGGAUUGAGAGGGUACGUACGUCGUCGCGAGGGAGAGAGACGCACCUCAUCCAGCACCGCCCAAUCGGUCCCACCACCACCGCCACCGGCCCCAUCCGCACCCAAGCGCUGGGCCCCCUCCAACAAGCUGGAAGCACACGGGCCCGCGAGGAAGAGGAGGCACGAGAUGCGCAGCGUCAGGCGAUACCAGGUGAAUGGGAGGAGGUCACUACUCUACCUUCUGCUUCAUCCUCCGCUGCUGCUGCUGCUGAGCGUCUGAUCGACCAUCCACCCGCCCCUCUCGGCGCUGCUGGGGGUGAACGCUCCGAGGCUCGCUCAUUCCGCCUCAGGGAGCGCGUCCUUGACGAUAAUGAUGAUGACGACGAUCAAGAUGGGGAAGGAGGGGUGAUCAUAAAGGUCAAGAAACGAGAGAGGGCUCCAGAGACGGAUAUGGCUCAUGCUGGUCUUGCGAAGAAGGAGGAGGAGCAGCAGGGAAGAGAGGUGGUCAAGAAGGAGGCGGAGGUCAAGAGGGAGGAGGAGGAAGGGGAUGCACAGCCACCUUCAUCAGAGUCGGCUACGGAGCCUUCAUUGAGCGCAGCAGCAGCAUCAGCAGCAUCAGCUUCACCGCCGCCAUCAGAUCCAGCGCCAGCUUCAGCUCCCAAUCCCUUCAAGAAGCGCAAAGCUGGCACGGGCUCCGGCUCGAAGAAGGUACGAAUCGCCUGA